AUGUCCACGCACCCCGAGCGUGGUCCCUGGCCUCCCCAGGGAGGGAGCCUCAGCAGGCAGAGCGCUGGUGGACAGUACGCAGUGUGGCCAGCUGGGAACCCCGAGCCAGCCCAGCUGGUGAGUGGUUACCCUGUCAGGGCUGCCCCCCCAGGAAUUGGGGCGGCAUCUGGGUCCAAGCCGCUGCCCUCCCCCCCACCUCUCACCCUCUCUACUAAGUGGAAAGCGGAAGUGACCUGGGAGGCAAGCGCUUGGGGCUGGGCAGUCAGGGCGCUGGACUCAGGCUCCCCCUCCCCCACGGACGCAGCAGAGACAGUGGCCCCACAUGGAAAAACACCCCGGCUGGCGUGUGAGCUGCUGCUCGCACCGGAAGCAAUCCGGUUUCCUCUGCAGGAGGCCGGGGCUCCAGCCGACCGCAGCUUACAGCACUCGGAACGUCACGUGAAUGGACCUGUACAGCCCCUGGAGUCCGGAGUCUUUCCUGCAGACAAGGUGCUGGGGGCUCAUGCACACCGGGAGGCACCUCGUCGACGGACCGCAGGGGCCAGCGCCACGCCAGCCGGAUGA